UUCAUUUAGUGACCUCCCAGAGUAGCCAUUAAAAUCCUUCUUCUUUAUGGGUUAAAAACAAUCUCCCAUUUCAUUUUGUUGUAACAUCCCACCGAUAGGGUAUGGCCAAAUCCCAGCCCAGGCCCACAUCCGCGUUGACUGGGGCGGGGCAAGGUGGUGCUCGGUGGUGCUCGGUGGUGCUGGGUGGUGCUACGGUGGGUCCCAGGCCUCUAUCGCGAUCUCAAUACCCGACAGGCCAGCUUUGCAUGUGGCUCUCUUGGACUCGGUUUUGGGCUAUGCCUAUAUCUCUCGAUUGAACAAAAGUAAAAGUCUCUGGGCCGCCACUUUGGAUCCGUUCUCGUGCUGCAUUUCGGCCAGGUUUUUGGGCUAUAAAAGCAUUUGUGCCUUAGACCGAAGCAUUAUUCAGCUUUGUGUUCUUGCCACGAGUUCAACUUGCAACCAAAACCAAAAUGUUCAAAUACUUCGUUUUUGCCGCUUUCUGCCUGGCCAACGCCGCUGCCGCUCCUGGCUAUUUGGGCGGACUAGCUGCUCCGGCUUUGCCGUUGGCUGCAGCUGCUCCGGCCAUCUCGUACGGACACGCCUUGGCUGCUCCCUCGAUUGCUUCUUACGGACUGGCCCCCAGGCUUAGCUAUGCCGCCCCGGCCUUGGCGCACGCUCCUCUGGCGGCUCCGGCCAUUUCCGCCUACGGAUUGGGUUAUGGCCAUGGUCCCAUUGGCCUGGCUCAUGCUCCUUUGGGACUGGCUCACGGUCCUCUGGCCGCUCCUCUGGGAUUGGGCUACAAGUCGGCCUAUCCAGCUCUGGGUGCUCCUUUGGGACUGGGCUACAAGACAGCUUUGGCUGCUCCUGCCUAUGGACUCGCUCAUGGAUGGUAAGGAAGCUCCAUGCCACACAGCAUCGUUUUCCGCAUGUAUUUCGUUUUGUUUGAAUCGGUCAGAAAGAAAGUGUAAAUACACAGAACAAAAGAGAGAGAGAAAUUGGUGAAGGUUUUGUGAAGUGAAAUCAAAUUAUAAAAAGCCGAUUGUGAAGAGUGGAUUUGAUGUUGAAAUAUAUUUCGUUUGAAUUUAAAAAAGAUAUAUAACCUACGUGUUUUAU